GCGGUUCAGUUGUACAGAGUUUGACACCACAGUCUUAUCAGUUGCCUGGCUGCGUGUUACUCUGCCGCCUGUUGAUAGUCGGUUGCCGUUUUAUCGCUUGCCACCGUUCGAAUGCAAAUGAAGUAACUUUAAAUCAGCUUUACAACAAAACUGACAACGUUCGGAGUGAAAUACAAACUACUUUCUACCGUUAGUUGUUGCACGCCUCAAUGGACACUGUUCAGAAGUUGAAGGCUGGAUUUUCUCUGGACCUGGGACCAUUAAAAGAACCUCUUGGAUUUAUUCGUGUCUUAGAAUGGGUCUUCACCAUCUUUGCCUUUGCCACCACUGGAGGUUACCGUGGGACAACCCACUUAACAGUCAAAUGUCCAGGAGUCCUGGAUCACCCUGUACAGCCUGUGUUUGGCUACCCGUUCAGGUUGCCAGCGUACCCGUAUAAGAUACCGUUGUGCAACAGCACUCUAUCCAAUGUCAUCUUCCUGCAGGGCGACUUCUCGUCCUCAGCAGAGUUCUUUGUGUGCGUCGGCGUGUUUGGGUUCCUUUAUUGCACCGCCACACUGAUCCUGUACCUUGGCUACCAGAACGUCUACCGCCAGACCAGCCGUGGUCCCAUCGUAGACCUGUUGGUGACUGCUGCCUUUGCCUUCCUGUGGCUUGUGUCUUCCUCAGCCUGGGGCAAAGGCCUGACUGAUGUCAAAUGGGCCACUAACCCAGUGCAACUAGUCACGACCGAGUCAUGCAAGGACAUCUGUGAGCCCGGAGAGUUCCCUUCCAUGGGCCGCCUCAAUGCCUCUGUGAUAUUUGGCUUUUUGAACUUGAUACUGUGGGCCAGUAACUGCUGGUUCAUUUACAAGGAGACUCCUUUCCACAAGGACCCCAACCCACCGGCCACCAUGGAGGAAGGAGAGGCCCCCGGGCCCUAGCCACAUCACCGAGGGUCCUCAAGCAUCGCCCUGUGCCCACAGCAAGAACCGCUUUGUGCACAACACUGGUUUCUGAUGUUAACCUGCAGAAAUGGAAAUAGAUGGAAGGCUAUUGUCCUAAAUACUCCCCUAUACCUCCUAAUACUUGUCAGAGCUAUUUUACAGUUACUAGUCUUUAGCUCAAGUUAACUUGGUCCCCAUUGACAAUGAGCAACGAUAAGUUCUUUAUCAUUUUUCUCCUAAAUCUGUCAUCGCUGUUUAUAUUUAGUGUUCAGAACAGCAGGCCUGCAGUGCAUUUGCUUCCACAUUAGCACUGUCCUCCUUUUAUGUCCGCCCUUCAGGGAGCCACUUAAUGAUGAAUCUCUGAUGUAAAAACCUAGAGUCUCUACUGGUCUUCAGACGGGGGGGAAACCAAAUGAUUUAGAAGCCGAGAGCAAACAGCCCUCACGGUCAAUAAAAGCAAGUGCUGCUAUGAGAAACACAAUCCAUCUUUUUAGGUGGGAGCAAAUGCACACCAGGGGUUCUGAGCAGGAGUCCUCCUUCCGUUAUGUAAUCUGUAAGAGGACGCGCUACAGUACAGAUUCCAAGUACUGUAACUCUAAACAUUUCAGUCACUUCAGUCUCAAUAGAUAUGUUGAAUGCGCCUUUUUUUUUUUUCUUCUUCUCCAUAAUAGCCGAGCCAUGCUGUAUGAUGUGACUAAGGCAUUUGUUCUCUUCUUUUCUGAGCUCUGCCUCCGAGGCACCAGGCCAUCUAAAGGUUCAAUUAACCACUGCACCGUUUCCCCACUAGGGUUCUAAUCUACUGACACUUAAAUAUACUUAAUAGCCCCAUGGGUGUUUCAGUUUCUACAAACUUUGGUUUUCUUGUGCUUAAAAAGAAUACACACUAAGUAAAAAGGAAAAAAACACGAUAUACUGUACUUUAAAUGAAAAAGCAGAGACUUGUCUUUCAAAACUGUAAUUUGGGUUGAUGCUUCAGGUUGUCUGUGACAGUGUUUAUCUUCAGCCUGUAUCCACACGUUCACUCAAGUAGCUGUUGUACUUCAGACAUCCAGCCCAACCAUGUUUAGUUCCUGUUUGAUCCAAAUGUUACAUCUACACUACUACUCAACACUGUCUCAUUCUGGUUUGAAUGAAAGGUGACUCACGGUGACAUUAUUUAUAUACAGUUCAUAAGUAUUUUUUAUCCACUAAUUGGUCCGUUGCAUAUUUUAAAAAACAAUGUUGGGUUUCUGUUUGUAUUUCCCAAUGGAAACAUGUCUGUGUGCAGCUUCUCCUUGAUUCUUUUUUUUUUUUUUUUUUGUAUUUCAGGUUUUCUAUUAAAUGUGUUGUACCACUGAGUAGCCUCAGGUUUAAUCUUGUGAUGAUAAAUAGUUCAAGUAACAAAAGA